AUUGAUGCGUAAAUUUUGUUGUGCUCUUCGUUUCAGACAUAUAACUUCCAGGAGAAAAUUGACCGCAACAUGAAAGAAGUUUUGCCUGCUGCUACCGCCGGCUCUUUAUUCGAUUGGCAUCACUUCUUCCAUUUGAAAACUAUUUAUGCAUGGUUAGAGUAUAUGGUAUCUCAGUAUCCUAAAGACUUAUCUCUAAUAGACAUGGGCAAUAGUACACAGGGAGUUCCCAUUAAGGGCCUAAAGCUAUCACGAAACGAUUCCAACAAGUCAAUUUUUAUAGAAAGUGGUAUUCAUGCGCGCGAAUGGAUUGCACCCGCUGCAGCUACCUUUCUCAUUAACGAGCUGUUGACCGCUAAAGAAGAGGCAGUGCAGAAAUUGGCAAACGAGUACAAUUGGAUUAUAUUUCCUUGUGUUAAUCCAGAUGGGUAUAAAUACACUUUUGAACAUGACCGGAUGUGGCGCAAGAAUCGUAAAUUAUUUGGCACUUGCCGAGGCGUUGAUUUGAAUCGUAACUAUCCUGACCACUGGAAUACUACUGGCGCAAGUGGAGAUCCAUGUCGCUACGAUUACUCUGGUCCAAGUGAAAGUAGUGAAAUUGAAACUAUGCGUUUAACAGAAUUUCUUCGGGCAAAUGUGGAAAAGGAGCAAAUAAGGGCAUAUAUAGCUUUACAUUCCUACUCGCAAAUGAUCAUGUUUCCUUACGGGUAUACCAAAGAACGUGUAGCAAACUAUGAUGAUUUACAACAGUUUGGCCACGACGCAGUCGGGCGUAUACGUGAAUUAACUGGUCGUAAUUACACAAGUGGCAGUUUGAUUGAAACUAUUUAUCCCUCGAGUGGUGGCAGCAUGGAUUGGGCAUACAGUAAAAUGAAAGUACCAAUAGCAUACACAUUCGAGUUGCGUGGGCCCCCAGACAGUUCGGAUAUGUUCAUACUACCAUCUGACGAGAUUAGGCCCACGGCUCAAGAAGCGUUUGCUGCUAUUAGGAGCAUCAUAGAAGGUGCCACUGAAAAGGGAUACUUUAAGUAAUCUCUAAAGGUGGGUUAUAGCAGUAAAGUAUAAUCAAGGUGGUGUUGCUAAAUCAGUCGCGGAUCUAUCCCUUGUCUGAUGAUCCCUCCAAAAGGUUUCGUAAUACGUGAAAAAAUUUAAUCACUGAAAAUUUUAAUAAAGAUUAAUAUUCUGUUAA